AUGGGCUAUCCAGCAGCCGCUGCCCCCUUCUCCUUCCCGUCGCCACGCCGCCCGUCAGCCCGCCGCCGCCGCGCGCUAGGAGCAGCGACGCCGACGACGUCGCGCGUCCGGUGGUCUUCACGCCGGUCGCGGCUCGAAGCUGCGUCGGAGGGCGUAUUCAGCGGAGGAAGAAGCGGCGCUCUCGCCGCGAGCGCGCAGGUCGCCGCGCGAGACCACCACCGGUGCGACGCCUCUUGCGUCGUCUCGCCACCACCGGACUCCAAGACCGAGUUGGCGGGUCUGUUAAAGAGGUGCAGCGGACGUCGGCUCGAAGCCACGACGCACCGCGACGCAACCAGCGGCAGGUGGUCGGGCGCUGCUCACCGGCGAGCCCCGAGCCACCGUCGCCGCCUCGUUCAUCAAGGUGGUCGGCUUGGAUCCGGCGAAUGGCCCAGCAAAGUCUUACGUGGAGCUGAUAAGUUCAAAACUUGGUUAAGUGACAAGGAAGCUGUGCAGCAAAAGACUACUGCAUUUAGCAAACCGGCUUUCACAUCUGAUCAAGUAUACGACAAGAUUUUAGAUCUCCAAGACAAGGUUGCAAGUGUGAACAGAACCCCCAAGCCAAAACCGAAAGUUGAGAAACCGGCGAAGGUGGAAACAGAGAAUGGUGACGAUAAAGCAAACAGCACAGACUCUGCAUCUGAAGAGACCACCUCUGCAAAAGACCAGACGACAACUGAAUCAGACGAUGUCGAGGCUGAAACCGAGUCCAACGGUCACGAUGAGCUGUAAUAAUCAUUUAGUAACACACACAAAACCAAAGGUGCCAAUAGAUAUGAACAGGGGCGUAGCCAGGGGGGCUAGACCCCCCCCCCAAAUUUUGAAAAAAAAAUUAUAAUAUGUCUAAAAAUGUUGUUAUUAUUACUAUUA